AUGUCAUUUAACACCACAUUAUAUACAGUUUCAGCCUUGCUAAUACUAGACAACGAGGGAAAUAGGUUAUAUGCCAAAUACUAUACUUCGUCACUAGCAGAACCUCAAAAGGAAGCCAGCUCAACACCAAACUCCACAACGAAAACGAAAGCAAGGGCAACGUCCAGCACGUCAAGCAGCGGAACCGGCGCACAGCAGGAGCAGUUGAAAUCGGAAAAGACGCUUUUCUCCAAGAUCAAUAAAGUCAACCAGGACAUCAUACUCUAUGAUCAGCACAUCAUCUGCUAUAAGCAAACCAACGAUGUUACCAUUAUACUCACUGCCCCCAUAAACGAAAACGAGUGUCUCAUAUACUCGACAUUGACCAACUUGAUCGAGGCCUUACAGAUUUUGCUCAACAACAACAGUGUCGAUAAGCAGACGAUAAUUACAAAUUACGACUUGGUGACAUUGGCCAUCGACGAGACCAUCGAUGAUGGUAUCAUCAUUGAAUACGACCCGGCCACGAUUGUGAGUCGUGUCACCAAUGCUCCUGUCAACAACCCGACGGUGGUUGAUUUGAAGAAUAUCGAUUUGAGUGAAAAGGGAUUGUUUAAUGCCUUGAGCUUUGCUGGGAAGAAGUUGGGAGAAAGGUUGCAGCAAGGGUUGUAG